AAUGAUGUUCAGUCUAUCAAAUAACUGGUCUAUUAUUUGCCAACACUUUUGUUUAUAUCAUACUUUACAGUUGGUUAUCAUUUUCACGUUAGCUAUACAAUCAUUUGGAGGAUAUCAUGAAAAACGAUUAAUCAAUGAUUUGCUCAAAUAUUACGACCCUUUGGAGAGACCGGUUGCUAAUGAAUCGGAAGCCUUGAAAGUACGGUUCGGUCUAUCGUUACAACAGAUUAUUGAUGUCGAUGAAAAAAAUCAAAUACUUAUAACAAAUAUGUGGCUCAGACUUGAAUGGACUGAUUCUAACUUACAGUGGAAUGUCUCAGAAUAUGGUGGAGUCAAAGAUUUAAGACUUCCCACUAAAAGGAUAUGGAUUCCCGAUAUCUUAAUGUAUAACAGCGCCGAUGAAAAGUUUGACAGCACUUUUAGGACAAAUGUUGUGGUUAACAAUAACGGCACGUGCCUGUACGUGCCACCCGGGGUCUUCAAGAGCACGUGUCAAAUAGAUAUUACAUGGUUUCCAUUUGAUACCCAAAAAUGUGUUAUGAAGUUUGGCAGCUGGACUUACGAUGGUUUCUCACUUGAUCUCGACUUGAAAGCUGGCUCUGAGUCCGGAGAUUUGACACUUUUCCUGCCUAACGGCGAGUGGGUGUUAGUUGGUGCUCCGGCAAAGCGUACGCUUCAGUAUUAUGAGUGUUGUCCGGAGCCAUAUCUGGACAUCACAUUUACUAUUCAUAUUAAGCGACGAACUCUUUACUAUGGAUUCAAUUUAAUAAUCCCUUGUAUUAUAUUAUCGUCAAUGACUUUAUUAGGAUUUUCAUUACCACCCGAUUCUGGAGAGAAACUACAACUCGGAGUCACUAUAUUGCUAUCUAUGACUGUAUUUCUCGUUCAAUUAGGAAAGAUACUUCCAGCCACAUCUGAAUCCAUAUCAAUAAUUGCUGCAUAUUUUGCCUCAAUAAUGGUAAUGGUGGCAUUUUCGGUGGUCAUGACUGUUGUUGUCCUUAAUUUUCAUCACCGCAAUCAUGAGACACACGAAAUGCAUUAUAUGAUGAGAGCAAUAAUGUUAAAGUGGUUGCCGUGGAUAUUACGGAUGGAAAGACAUGGCAUUAAACCUCCGCGACGUAUAGGUGGUAGUGGUUCGGGCUCUUCAAACAAAGCUAUCAAUAGUCAACCAAUUCAUGCAAAAGGCAAUAAAGACAAGAGUUUAGAAAUGUACGCCAAAAGUGGUCCAACAUUUGAAACAAUUUGGAGUUUAGACUCUGAAAGUAAAGACAUUGAAGCAGCCAUUAGUCAAAUGAAUAAGAAAUGCCACACAAAUGCCUUAUCUCACGGAACAAGCAAUCAUUGUAACCAUAUUAGGGAUCAACACAUUGACCAACUUUACUACAAUCACUUUACAGAUAACGAUAUGCUUUCAGUCAACUAUUUAACUGAAUCACCGAACACUCACACCAAUGGCCAAAACGGACGGCCACUAAGCGCUCAACAAAAGAAAGUUAAAGAGAUUUUGUUGGAAAUGAAAUUUAUAACAAAUCGUAUGCGAAAACAGGAUGACAUUCACGACAUGAUCUCUGAGUGGAAAUUUGCGGCAACUGUUUUGGAUAGACUUUGUCUAAUUGUUUUCACUCUUUUUACAUUACUGUCCACUUUUCUCUGUCUGCUCUCUGCCCCACAACUUAUAGUCUAA